UUUAUCAGAACUUAUAAAUAAUAAAAUCAAACUAUAAACAAACUAUUUAACAAUGAGUAAUAUUUAUAUUCAGGAACCACCGACUUCAGGAAAGGUUCUCCUCAAGACCACCGCUGGCGACAUAGAUAUAGAAUUAUGGUCUCGAGAAUGUCCCAAAGCAUGUCGUAACUUUAUACAACUUUGUAUGGAAGGAUACUACACUGGCACAAUUUUUCAUCGCGUAGUCAAAGGCUUCAUUGUACAAGGUGGUGAUCCCAAUGGCGAUGGAACUGGUGGAGAAUCCAUUUACGGUCACACAUUUAAGGAUGAAUUUCAUUCUCGUCUACGUUAUGCGCGGCGUGGACUUGUUGGAAUGGCAAAUGCCGAUAAAGAUGAUAAUGGGUCACAGUUUUUCUUCACUUUGGCCGCCACACCGGAGCUUCAAAACAAAAACACGCUUUUCGGCAAGGUGACAGGUGAUACUUUGUACAAUAUGCUAAAACUGGAGGAUGGUUUAGUGGAUCAUAAUGAACGUCCCAUGUAUCCUCAAAGAAUAUUGGGCGCUGAAAUAUUAAGCAAUCCUUUUGACGAUAUAGUGCCACGAAAAGUAGCAAAGGAAAUUAAAAAAGAAAAAACUAAAAAACGUGAAAAGGGUGUCAAAAAUUUUGGAUUGCUUUCAUUUGGAGAAGAAGCAGAGGAAGAUGAAGAAGAAACUAAUCAAUUUGUACAAAAAAAUGCCGGAAAGGCAAAAUCAAUGCACGAUGUGGUAGAUGACCCUAAACUUAGCAAGGAUGUUUUACGUAUCGAAGAUACCAACAUAAGGUCAGAUGAUGAAGACAUGUUGGAAGAGGAACGAAGACUAGCAUGUGUCAAAAAAGAACCAGUGGAUGAUGAUGAUAUAGAGGAGCGUCGGCAGCGAAUCAAAGAUAAAUUGCAGCUAAAGACAAAUGAGGCUAAAAACGUAAUUAAAACGGAAGCAACUAAAAUAAAAGAAGAACUGUCUGACUCUGACGAAGACGUUCUGUUGACACAAGAGCAGGAGCAAAAAAUAAAAAGCGAAUUGAAGAGGAAUGAAAUUCGACAAGAAAUUCAAAACCUGAAGAAACAAUAUCAAACUGAAAAACGUCAAAGAGAAAAUUUGGAUGAUAAAAAAACGGAGAAGAGUAAAACUGACGAAUUAAAUGUUAACCCCGCUGAAGAUAAUGAAUUCAUAAAAAACUUUGUCGAUGAAAAAGUGAGAUACAGCGGCUUAAAAUCAAAAAUACCAAAAAAGGGUGCCAGCCGAGAAGAUUUUACUUUAAGCUUACUAUCGAAAUUCCGAAAUAAAUUGGAUGCACUUAAACAGAAGCAAUCUGAAUCGAAUGAAACCAAUGAGUCUUUAGAUGAUGGAACCAUUGAGAAAGAAAUUCAGAGCGACGAUUGGUUGGCGCACACAUUAAAGUUCGAAGAAGCGACACCCAUAAUGGCGAAGGAUGCGUCCACUAAGGGUGACGAUUGGUACGAUGCAUAUGAUCCUAGAAAUCCGCUUAACAAACGUAAAAGAGGAGAAGGUUCUAAAAGUGGGGGAAGUAGUAGUAAAAGUUCUAAACGGCAUUAGCGAAAAUUUGAAAUAUAUUUAUUUUGGUAUCAAAAUAUGAAUUUUUUAAGCUAAGAAUUUUCAAUAU